AUGUUAGGAACUGCUAAGGUUGGACGGCUCGAGGUACCUAGCUCGACAGCCUAUCCAUGCGCAUACAACAAGUACCGCGCGCCCUGUCGUGCUAGGGUGUUUGGUAGGUCUCGAUCCAGGUGGCUAGAACCUAGAGAUCCAUCCAUUGGAACGUGCGUCGACGACUCGGGAUUGGUGGGCCCGUUUAGAGACAGUGGCAGUGUAUUGUUAAGAAAGAUCCAAUUACAGUUCCUACAAGAGACUAUUAUCUGGAAUUUGUGCUACUUCAAAGCGAAGCUACGGCAUAUGAUCGACGCAUGGAUUAGUACUGCUCAACCACCACUUGAAGCGUCGCCAAACAACCCUGUUUUUUCCUCACACCACAUUGUCACUAAUCCAAAAGAUCAUAGUAAUUAUAUCCAAGAUUUUUAUUAA